CCAAGGUGCACAUUUAGGAAAGUGCAGAGCACAGGGGACAGAGCCGCUGAAACAAGGUGCAACCAUGACAUCUAAAGUGGAUAAUCCUCCAGCCUAUGAAGAUGCAUUGCAAGAUCCAAAGUACGAGCCCACCCAGCUGCAGCAUGGUUCAUCUGACGCGCCGCCUCCAUCCUACAGCCCUGGCAUGUACCCCGGCCCUCCCAGCUACUGGGGCCAGGCCGGCAUGUGGGCAGCGCCUGGCCUCUCUCCAUCUGGGAUGCCCACCACAAUACCCACUCUGUCUGCCAGCAUAACUGCAACCAACCCAAGAGAAAUGGAGGGCUUUCUAAGCACGCAGUGGGAGAGUACAUCUGUUCGACACGCUUUUAUCAGAAAGGUAGGGCUGCUCAUCAUGCGUUUCAUCUUAUUGGAUCUAAAACCUGUGCUUGUUUGGCAGGUGUAUUUAAUUUUAGCAGCUCAGCUCACUGUCACCUUUUCAGUUGUGGCCGUCUUUACAUUUGUGGAGCCAGUCAAGAUGUUUGUUAUCAGGUAUCCAGGAAUCUACUGGGCAUCUUUAGUGGUUUACUUUAUCGUUUACUGCAUUCUCAUAUGCUGCAAAGAGCCAAGGAGGCGCUUUCCAUGGAAUCUGGUGUUGUUGGGAGUUUUUACUGUUGCCCUAUCUUAUAUGUCUGGAACAAUUUCAAGCUAUUACGAAACCAAAGCAGUCUUACUUGCCAUGGGAAUAACGGCCUUAGUUUGCGUAACUGUCACAGUCUUCUGCUUUCAAACCAAGGUUGACUUCACUUCCUGCGGCGGAUUUCUCUGCAUUGCCGCCAUUCUGCUCGUCAUCAUCGGUAUGGUGACAUCUAUCGUGCUCGCCUUCCACUACGUGCCUUGGCUUCAUAUGCUCUAUGCUGCCAUUGGAGCAAUCGUUUACACCUUGUUUUUAGUAUACAACACGCAGCUUCUCAUCGGAAACCGGGAGUUGGCGAUAAGCCCGGAGGAGUACGUUUACGGAGCGCUGUCACUCUACAUUGACAUUGUUCAUAUUUUCCUCUUCAUCCUUCAAAUCAGUGGUUCAGCCACUGACUGAGAGCUUAAGAAGAGCUCAACGCGUCCCUUGGGAGUUUGGACUAACGUUAUCCUGUGUUAACUAGCUAUUGUGAAAUAUGUUCCAUAGCCAGAUGUAAAACAUCUUAAUGUUGUCCUUGCUGUUUUGCCGCCAACACUUGAGCACUUUGGAUUUUUCUUGUCAUAUAUUAAAGAGGGUCAGCUGACAUUUUGUUGGAGGAACCGUUUAGUAUGUUUGCUGAACAAAUGAACACAAAUGCUGUUUUAUGUUUUGAAAAUAUUUUUACGAUCCAUGGUUUGUUCUUUUGAUUAAAAAAAACCCAUCUAGUUACAGACAUAUUGUAGGAGACCAUGAUGGUUAGUUGGAGGUAGUGAGACAGUAACUACAGGUAGUGCAUCUUUCAAACCUAACUCGAGUGCACGCCUUCUGUCGCUCAACUGUUGCUUGUUGUUAAGACAUCUCAUCACAACAAUCAAUAAAGUUUCCUACUGUU